AUGCGCUUAGAGCUGAGCGUAUCCGUCGUCGCGGAAAUUCAGGUUCAGGAAACCAACACAAGGCUUGUCACGCUUAGCCAUGUUGAUCUGCCAAAGAGGAUUAGGGACGUUGGUAAGUUGGGUUUAGGGACUGGGUGGGUUGUCUUCAUGCUAGGCGAUGAGUUCAGCGUGAGAUCUAAAUGA